AUGUUGCUAAAUCCUGAGAUACGAAAUUAUGAUGUUUUCAGAACAAAGAUUCUCACUCCUGACGAUUAUGCCGAUAUAUGCGAAGAAUACGAUGACGUGUGCAGUCUUGAGGACUGGGACGAACUAGAAUAUAUUUCAGGCGAUCACCCUUCAUACACGUGUGUUUAUAAGACGAUACGACGGACAUGUGCUGAGCAACAAGAGAUCAUAGAAGCAGGAAGAGAUUCAACUUUGAUGAACCUUGCUUUUAAUCUCCUCUUUAACUUGAAAGAAUUGGUAUUGGUAUUUCGUGACACCAAGGGCCACGAGGAUUGGGAGAGGUAUUACCACGAGAUGUUUGGUAUGGCACAACCGAGGUCUUAUGAGCACCAUAUUCAGCUGUUAUUGGCUGCCCUCAAGGGUCGCAAAUUGACUUUAAAGGUCAUUCAGCUCACCUGUCUCAAACCUCGCAAUGAUUCUCCAUGGCAGAGCUUCCAUUGGGACUCUUUGACGACUCCUCUCACUGAGCUGGUUGGAUACGCCCCAUGCCUGCGACUUGUCGAAAGUGGGAUGGCUUUGACACUACUGCGUCGCGUGAGUCUGAAUUUACGCGAGCUAUCACUGUGCUCAAUGUAUAUGAAGCUGGCCUUUAUGGAGAGCUUUCUACGAUUUAACGCUACGUCCUUGCGCUCUCUCAGUGUUCAUGAUGCCAAAGCCUUCGACCAGGGAAAUGCCGCCCAUCUAACUCCGGCGCAUGUUGGAGACAAGACCGGUUUGAUCAUUGAAAGAGAAAAGAAGGCGGGUAACCUCUCAUGCUCGUGCUCCUUCCAGGAGGGAUGGAAGUUGUUCUUUUCUGCCCCGAAGCCAGGAAUGAAUGGGUAA